AUGUCGACUUUUCGUCUCGUCCUACUAAUUUCCGUGGUCUUGCUGACCGUCUCCGCCGCCAGAAGAGAAUGGAAGGUUGUGACGGAAAAGGCGAAACCGUUGUGCGGACUGUGUGUGAAUAUUGUCAAACAAUUGGAUGCGGUGCUCGAGCAUGGAGGCGAUAUUGAAGCGGUUCGUUCUCGAAAAGUAUAAUAUAGAACGAAAAGGAUGCAAGUUUUGUUGGAAAUCGGCAAAAGUUGGUCUCUGGAAACUGAAAAGUUGCAAUUUUAACGAAAGCUCCAAGAAAUAGAGUACUGUUUAGAAAUAGGCUUAUAACUUGAACAGGAGACAUUUUCGGACAAAAUUUCCAAUUACAAAGUUAAUCAGCAUGGAAUUUUGAGCAAUUUGUCUGUUGACAACAUUUUGAACUGAUCACUAGAUUUUGAGAUAUAGGUGUUUGAAAACUGAGACGUAACCGAGUCCAAUGAACCCGAUAAAAUCGAUAUAUGUCAGCUGUUUGAAGAGAUAUCAAAAAGUUGUCAACUAAUGAAAUACUCCUUACAACAUUUUGCACAUUUUGUCUGUUGACCACUUUUUCAUAUCUCCACUGACAGCCGAGAUACAUCGAUUUGAAUGUAGCCAAUUUCAGGCGGUUGACAAGUUCUGCAAAGAGGACGUUCCGUCUUUCAUGGUGGACAUGUGCGAGAAAGUGAUCGAGAAGAAUCUGGAGUUUAUCAUCGAAAAACUGAAGGACCACGAGGCGGCCGACAAAAUUUGCACCGAUAUUUUCUUGUGUCGUAGUGCUCCGAAGGCUCAUUAUUACUUGGAAGUGCAAUAA